UCUUGCGCAUGGGCUGGUGGCAAAUCUGACAAAUCCCAUUGCUUUUGUUCUAAGCUCUCUCUGGGCCCUAUAGGAAAAGAAAUUUGUUAUUAUGUACUAAAGCAAAUAAUUUGUAUUCUUGGAGUAGGAGUUGGAACUAUAGGACUUGAAGGCAAGAGAACGUAUCUUAUCAAGGACCUGUUCACUCAAUUUCUCCAAAGCUCUCUCCAAGUUGGACUCAACUGUACAUCAUGACAGAUGUUCCAGUGACUUUCAGUCAGGUUGAGUGUAAUGGGGAUACACUACCUGAAAAAGGUCAACAACCAAUCACUAAAAUCAACGAAAAAGCCAAUGAUGUGGAUGGCACCCUACCAUACUGUAGGGUAGAACCCAGUCUUGAAGAUUUACCCACAGAAGGAAAUCAGAAGAAGAGUGAAAAAUUACAAAGGAACAUGCUGCGCAACUGGUCCAUGGAUGAGAAGAUUCUAAAAGAAAAACCAGAGGAGACUCUCUUUAUUGUUCAUAAGGCUAUCACAGAUCUUUCUCUCCAAGAAACAAGUGUUGAUGAAAUGAGGUUCAGAGAAGGGCAUCAGUGGGAGAAGGUUCAUCUGAGCAGCGGUAACCAGGAAAUAAGCAGACCAAAGGAAAGGAUUGCUGAACAACCUCUAGAAGAGAGAGAAGAUGAGGAUAGGAAGAACAAAACUCAGCAGGCAGCUGAAAUUGAAUGGCUGGGAUUUCAGAAACCUUGCCAAGUUGAUGUGUUUCAUUCUAAACAUGACGAGGAACAAGAUGUUUGGGAUGAAGAAAUUAACAACACUGAUGAUGAUGAUUGCAAUGAUGACGAAGAUGAAGUUCGAGUGAUAGAAUUUAAGAAAAAAAAUGAAGAGGGUUCUCAAUUACAAGAGGAAGCCGAUGUAAGUGAGGACUCCCCACUGAGCAACCCCAGUUCCCAACCUGAGACACCUGAUGAGCAGCCACCCUUUGGGAAGAAGAGUGAUAUCUCCAGAAAUGCUUAUUCAAGGUACAAUACAAUAUCCUAUCGGAAAAUCAGGAAGGGGAACACCAAGCAAAGAAUUGAUGAAUUCGAGUCUAUGAUGCAUUUAUAAACUAACUGGAACUGAGAAGUUCUCGUGCCCACUAAAGCAAAAGCUAAUUGUAUUUUUCUGAGAUGCAUCUUUGUAUGCCUUAAUUGAGUCCUCCCCUUUAAAAAUGUGGAAGCUUGCUUUCUUUUCACUGUGGAAUAAUGUGGAAAUAACCCUAGACAAAAUCCAGUCUGGUAACCUCAAAUCAAAAAGCUUUAGAUUCAUUCUUGGACAUUUGCAUUUUAAAACUUCACUAGUAUAGCAUUGUAUAACAAGCACUAAACAGCCAGCACCUCUGGGGAAUCUGACACGGUUUGGCUUUCAAGCAGCAGUGCUGGGAAAUGUAGUAUCAAAUGAAAGAGGACGAUUCGAAACGAUUCCUGUAUUUCUUUUGGUGUCUUUUUUCCUGUACACAGAGGGUGUUAAAAAGUCUGGUAUUAAACCUCUGUUACUUUUAAACACGGUUUUACAGACUUUAGCAGUAAACUUUCCAACAUACUUUGCCUUUCCCAUUACCUUCAAAAAAGAUUUUAAGUGUUUUUCCUUGGCAUCUACGGAGCAAAAAUUUAGUAUAGGCCUCCUUCCUAGGUGUUACCAUUCAUUGAAUUUUCUCACUAGAAAGGCUGAGCAGUUGUCAGUCAGGAAAACUCUGUUUAGUAAAUGUUGGCUUGAUGCUCUCAAGAUGAAUUGAAUCCAUUGUGAGGUUGAUACAGGGAGGGGCUGGAAGAUUGGUGGGCAAUAGACUAAAGAGUUAUAUCAGAUAGUUUAUUUCUGUGACCAAAAAUAAAAUCUUGUCUAGCACAAAGUCAUUAAAAGUGAAAACGACAGCUUAAGCACAAUUUUUAGAAAAUGCCCCUCUCUAUUACCGCACUUUCUCUUAUUAACACUAUCUCAGAAUAGUUUUCUUUCCUUAGAAACCUGAGACAACUCCAGUCAUAACUGCACUAGUUACUAUGAAAAUGGAAAUAAUUAUCUUAUAGUAUUUUCAAAGUAGAGUGUGAGCACGUAUUUUUAGUGAGAAACCUCUGAUAAGUUGUUGGGAAUAUAUAGUGUACUGGACCUCAGCCCAAAUCAAGAUACUUAACAUUGUGCUCACGGAGCUUCAUUCAAACCAAUGUGUCAAAUAAUGUAUCGAAUAUUUAUGAAAAGGGAGAGUCUAUAUUUAUAUUCUUAGAUAGUUCCAUAAUUUUUCAUUUCAUGCUUUCAUAUAUAUCACCCUGAACUUUCUGUCACCACAGAUAAAGAUAUUUUUUGGCCCUGCAAAUAAAAAGACAAUUCCUUAUUGUCUGAAUGUAAUACAGUCUUCAUUGUACUAUUCAACCCUUUGUUUAUUUCUUUCUCAUUUUGUGAAAAACCCUGGUUUAGCCCUUCUUAGAUUAUUGCUUAUUUAUGUGUAACAAAUCCCACACAUUCUAAAGGCAAUUUCUUUGAUUCUUCCUGGUCAAAUAAUAUAUUUCCAUAGUAUCAUAUACUAUUAUUUAGUGUUUACGAGUCUCAAUUUUGAAUUCAAGAUUGAAGUGUUCCUUUUAUUCUUUCAGAUAGUUUGCAGCCAAACCAUAUAAAAGUUUUGUCACUCUUAAUCUAUAGAACCUAUAGAUUUUAUUCUUGACAAUGCAAGUUUUCAAAAUAACGUCCGGGAAAUCAAGUCUUUACUGAUAAAUUUAGGUAGAUGAUUGAUGCACUAGGACAAUUUCCUGUUUGUUUAGAGCCUCUAAAUCUUCCCACCUGGAUAACAUAUUUUCUUCUCUGGAUUACUGAUGACCCCUACAAUUUUCUACUUAACUUCAAAGCACAGUAUUGUGUUAUCCACCAUGGAACAGGACCAUGUUGUUAACAUACCAUAGACAGAGCCUCUAUUUUGAAUUAUUCCAGCAGAGGUGAUGAAUUCCUAUGGAACUUGAGCGAGGUGGGUGGCUUAUGGCCAUGUGACAGAGCCAAGCAACUAGCUCAUAUGGGGCUCCAACAUAUAGUAACCCUGACCUUUUUAGCUUUGUGCUCUUACCAGACGAUUAACCGAACAUGAAGGAUUUUGUCAACAAUGACUUUUUCAGGUUAUGUUCAAUGAGUAAAUGCUUAGUGCCCAUGGAUGAGGCGUGUAGUUGCAAAAGAUCACUGAAACUAUUCUUUGGCAUUGGUGUCCAUUGUCCUAUGCUGCCAUCUUAUACUGAGGCCACAGAGUUAAGUGACCAUAAAGUAAUGUGACGGUGAUGGGUGGCUGUUUGAUUCUUUGUAACCUAGGAAAGACAAGGGUCUGGUUCAGAUUGCAUGAGCGAUAUUUAACACAUUUGAAACUCGUAUGGGACACGUCAGAACACAAACUGGUAAGGACACAAGAAAGUUUAUCAUUUUUGUGAUUCAAGGUUCAAGGGUGAAAGAAGGACUCUGCUAUCUGGUAGGAAGGAGACUUGAUUUAUUGUGAGAAUGCUGAUAUUUCUUACGUGACUUUUUAUUUUCCUUAAUUGUUGGGCAAACAGGAAUUAAUAACAGCCCUAUUUUUCUGUCAAUAUAAAAUUUACCUUUCAUAUAAUGCUACCUUUGAAGUCACAGACUACGUCAGAAUCUAUUGAUCGAUCGAUUGAUCAAUCGAUGUAUAUAUCUAUCAACAAUUUAAAUAAGGAGCUGCUGUGUCUGACUUGCUUUCAAUAAAAGUUUAUGUACUUG